AUGACGGGCAACGUUGGAGUAACCCUACCAAUGGCGGGACCUGGCAUGGCAGGUGCACCUUGGAUACAAGGGUUGACUCCGCGACCCAAGCCAUUUGGGUACUGUCAAUUCUAUGAUACGUGGGAGCCAGAAGUUCAUCUUGAGGACUACAAAGAAGUUCUUCUUGAAUUUAGGAAAAAAAUUUUUGAUAACAAAACUAAACCGGUUAAGAAGGAUAUACAGAGACUAGUUUUGAAUGAUGAUGACAUAUUUGAGGCAGAAUCUGACAGCGAUUGGCAAAGUGAAACAAAAGAGGACAUUUCUCCCAAGAAAAAAAAGAAAAAGUCACGGCACAGAGAAGACAAAAGCCCUGAUGAUUUGAAAAAAAGAAAAUGGAAAUCUGGUAAAGUAAAAGAUAAGAAUAAAGCACAACUGGAAACUUCCUCAGAAAAUUUGGUCUUUGAUUCAAAGUCUAAGAAAAGAAUUUUGGAAUCCAAAGAAGAUUCAAAGGAGUACAAAAAGACCAAAAAAGAUGAUUUAAAAGAAGCAAAGAAAGUAAAAAAAGGUGAAAUUAGAGACUCAAAGGGAAAAGUAAGAGAUGAUUUUAAAGAAAGCAAAAAGAAGAGAGAGAGACUUAGUGAUUCUCUGUUAGAAUCUGAAUCAAGUACAUUUGAUGAUUCACUUUCUCAGUUGGCUGAUGAUGACAGUGAAGAUUUGCCUUUUGAUAAUAAAGGAGACAAACAAAAAUUUAAAAGUGGAAAGGAUAAGUUAGAACUUGAUAUAAUUCAAGAUGUAAUUUCUGAUAAACAACCAGAUGAUACAGCAAGUGCUGAAGAAGAUGCUGAUACUAAAACUAAAAGGAAAAAAAAGAAAUUUAAAAAAGUUGAAGAAUGUAAAGAAGAGAUUAGAAAAGCUGAAAAUAAGGACCCAUACUCAGAGAAGAAAAAUUUAUACAAAAAGCAAAAGAAUCAAGAAAAAAUCAAAAGUUCCAUAGAGAUAGAUAAAUUAGCAUCUACACCUGCUCAAAUUCAGAAGAGCACAAAACUGGGUAGUGAAGAACGAGGUCGAAGGUCUACUGAUUCAGUUGGGGAGGAGAAAGAAACACGGAAAAAUGAAGUAAAAGAAAAAUAUCAGAAAAGAUAUGAUUCUGACAAGGAAGAAAGAGGGAAAAAAGAGCAAAAGGGAAUAAAGACAUAUAAAGAAAUGAGGAAUGCGUUUGAUUUAUUUACAUUAACACCAGAAGAAAAAGACUAUUCAGAGAAUAAUCGGAAAAGAGAAGAAACAUUUACUGAAGACUAUAGAACUAAGGAAAAAUCCUAACCCCGAAUGACUGGA